CGAAACUAUAAACUUUGACACACCGAAUAAAUAGCGAAGCGCUGUAAUUUAGUAGUUACUGUAACGCAUUGACGGUCUCAUUGAAAUAUGUCUUGGUUAAUACGCGUCGGUUUGUUGAUGUAUUUAUACAAUGCAUUAUCCGUAUGCGCACUUGCUGAAGAUGCGGAUGGUGAAAACAUAGACACUUUCCAGUUGGGCGAAAAGAAAAUUAGCGAAUUUGUGCGGGAGAUUAUCGAACACUACAAACAGGAAGACCCAAUUGGUAUCCCGGGGGUUCCGAUUCCAGAACCGCUCGAUAUUCCUCCACUUACCCAUUCAUUUUCGGUUGGACGAAUGAAUUUCGAAAAUGUUAAAUUAUAUGGAUUACCCAAGUUUCGUAUCGAUCACGUUACUGCUGAUUUAGCAAAGAUGCAAGUUACCGCAGCACUGCGAAUCGACGUCUUGAACGUUUUGGGAAACUACACGCUGAGCACGUGGUUGUCAAGAUCUCAAGGUCCAUUUACAGUUCAAUUAAGUGAUGUUUACGUAGAAGCUAUAGCAAAGCUGGAAGUUGACGACGAAGGUAGAUUGGAAGCCCAAGAUAUGAACAUGGACAUUACAUUUAAAAACAUUGCCAUGAACUUUGAGCGACUGGGAUUUUUCGCUAGUGUCUUCCAAGGGGUUAUUAACUCCGUUGGGACCUUUAUAUUCGACUCAAUUAAGCCUUUUAUAUUGAGCGAAGUGAACACUAAUAUGCGAAAUGACGUAAACAAGCAAGUUCACCAAAUACCAUUGAAAUUUCCCAACUCAAUAUCGCCAUUUGACAAACUGUUGUCUGAGGCGCGCAGCAAAGUACGAGAAUUAAACUAUGACCCGUUCAUGCUAGAUGACUACAACUACACCGCUACUUUAUUCACUCUAGAUAUGACCCACACUUGGUUAACAGGCCUUUCGACCUUCCACAGGGUUGGAAAUAUGACGUUUGAGGUCCGAAACCAUUCGUUAUACUUGAGCGUUGAAGUUGGGACGCAACAACUAAAAGGCACGACGCACUGGGAAGUUGGAGUCGUUGGGGGUGUAAUGAGCCGGGCAGGGACAGCAUCCUUCUCCGUGGAAUAUUUAAAGGUGGGAUUUGAAGUAAGUCAGUCGAUGGACACAAGGAACUCACCUCAACUGAAUGACUUACAACUCGAACUAGGCAACAUUCAGGUGCGAUGCGAUGGUGCUGGAACACUCGAUUAUAUUAUAGAGUUUGCUGUGAACGUAAUUCCGAAUUUACUAAGGUUUCAAAUAAUGGACGCUAUCGAAUCGCCCCUAAGAAGUAGAGUUCAAGAGAUUUUGAGUCGGAUUAACGUUGAAAAGACGAUUCACGAAAACCUACCCGUGCUGGAUCAUCAUCAGGAGACGGGUUUCAAGGGAUUAUUAAUUUAAAUAUUUAAGAAAAUUUCCUAUAGUAUUUAUUUUGUAUAAAAUUAAUAGUUCAGAAAUGUACAUUUUUCACGUGUUACAAAAUAUAAUGAAAUAUAAAUAGCGAUAA